AACUGUAGUAGAUGAGCAAAUAUUCGUCUCCAUGGUAGUAUUUUAUCUUGAUGGAAUGAAAGCCUUAUCGUAUGAUCCCUUCAAGAAAACAUAUUAUGGUAUAAGAGGCUUCAUGGAUUACGUUGGGGAAUCUGAAAAAUUCGCUUCUAACCUUCAAGGACACAAACUUCAACUAGCCCUCUUCCUGAAUCCUCCCAGAAUAAUCAAGGAGGAUACUGGAAAAUGGCAUUCAGAUGACGAAUUCUUCUGGCAAAGAAUAAUACACGACCUGAAUGGUACAAUAGAGAUUGUUGAAACAACGCCAUACGAUCUGGAUGCUGCAAAGAUGGCUGUCAGGAAUGGCAAGGCGCACUUUUGUCCACUCAGUUACUUCAGAACCAGCAUUCCUGAAAAUUUGGAUUUCAUCGCACCUCAUGCUAUCGAAGAUCUGGUUGUUUUGGUACCUUAUUCAGAAUUGAUUCCACAAAGUACCUAUAUUCUCAUGGUCUUUUCGACAACAGUGUGGUUUUACUUAUUUUUCUCAAUUAUUUUAUUCCUUGUAUUAUUGCUAGUGAUGAACAAAAUGCGCAAAUCCCAUAAGAGAGAGACCUCAUCUAUAGUGAUGGAUAUUAUAAGUUUAUUGCUGGGUAAAUCCAUUACUAUUCACCCUUAUUACAAUAAUUGGUUGGAAAAGGGUUACCUGUGUCUGUCUCAAAUGAUCAGUAUUGUCAUCAUAACCGCGUUCAAUUCUGCUUUGAUUUCUGCAGUUCUCGUUGAUAAACAUAAGGGCCAAAUCAAUACACUCAGUGAUCUUAAAGAGUCCCAGUUGUCGAUUUAUGCCUUGCCCGAUUUGAAGUACUACGUUGAGGAAUUCGCACCAAUGUUUAAGUCGCAGCUGGUGAAAAUACCAAGGAGAAAUUAUAGUUCGUUACUCGAGAAUAAAAUUCAUCAACAAGCUUUGGUAGUGCCACGUUCAUUGUCACAAGCAGCACUGGAUAUGAUCAAUGACAAAGGUUCUAAUGUUUCGCACAGAACCAUGCGUGAAUCGCUUCUUUCUGGGUUUUCUACUUAUUUCUUCACGAAAGGAUCUCCGUUCGUCAAAAUAAUCGACAAAAUGAUACUGAAAAAGUUUCAAUACGGUUUGGACUGGAAGGAUCUGAGGGAAUUUGAUGUAACACCGAGUGAAUUCACUGCAAAAAAGAGACAUAUUCCGCUAUCUCUAUCGCAUCUUGGAGGAAUUUUUGUCGUCUGGCUUGUCGGUGUUGGUAUCUCAAUAAUAGUGUUUUUUGCAGAAAGGUUUCAUAUACUAACUUAUUAGAGUUUUAUGGUUGUUCGUUCACUGUGUCGUUUUUGAAAUAAUAAAUGUUGUUGUGCACCUGCAGACUGAUGUUUUCUUUAAAUCUUUUCAUUUUUUUCUGAAGAACCUUCUGAGAAGAAUCUCAAGAUUACAUAGAAGAAACAU